UCACUUCAUAGCCACUUCCCACGCUGAGCUCUGUCCGAGCCAUUCUUCCCAAGGACGAGGAAGCUUCGAUCUUGGGACUCCAACGCCUCAUCGCUUCCUCGUCUGAUCUCACGCUACCAUGAACAUACCCUGGCAGUCAGUUGGUCCUUCCACUCCGACUCGAUCACUCUCGGAUCAGUCGCGAUUGAACAUGGCCACCGCCUCGUCUUCCGCCAGUCUUGGCGGGAAUGGUCAAGCGCUUGCGGCUUCGCAGCAGCAGCAGCAGUAUAGACAUCGAGCGCCCACGGCAAGCAGUAGCAAGACUGACAGCAGUCAUACUACAUCUCUGCUUACCCCUUCCUCUGGCUUCUGGGGCCAGCUCAAUGCUAAUGACCUGGACGCCCUCGCCUCGGCGGACAAGAGCGUUGCCAGCUACGGCACGGACCCGACAAUACCUCAGAUGAUGGAUCUCCUCUUCCCAUCGACUAAGCAGCAUUGCUAUACGGCCCACGAUCAUCAAGACUGCAACGUCGAUGCGGCGCUGUGCAAGUUCGACUUUCCCGCGCCCUUCCACAGUCAUGGCUUUGCGGCUAAGCAGCAAGCAGACUAUGGCUCUGCGCCCUUCACUCUAGAAAGCUGUCCGGACGAGUCUUGCAACGUCGGCCACCUUCCUGGCCCCACGCUGCCCAUUUGCUGCGAUGAUCCACAUCACACAACCAUCUCCGACGCUUCUACCAUCUGCUCGACGGCGGGUGAUGAGGCAUAUGGCGGCACGACGUGCUGUCCGCCGUCUUGCCCAUCCACCAUGGACUCACUCCUACCUUGCGAUCAGAGUGGCGCUACAGUCGUCUGCGCAGAUGCCUCCUGCUCGGAUCCAAGCUGCGAUCAGGCCUUUGCGACAACGAGCAAAGUGACUCUGCAGCCCUCGCAUAGUCAUGCCGAAAGCUGCGUUUCCGUAUGCGAUGGAGUCGUGGCGGAAAGUCUACCGGAGGCAAUGUACGAUGGUUGUGGUGAUUGCAACACGGCGGAGGGUGUCGUGACGGAUCCAAGGGGAAGCUUUGCACAGAGUCUUCAUAAUCUGUUCUUAGACUGCUGUCGCGAGUGUCCCGACGAGCACCUUGAUCCCUGUUGUCCUCCGGCCCAGGUCAAUCGCUUUCAUCGUCCCAAUGUAGUAGAGAGCGGCAUACCUACUCCAGCGGCCACUGUAGGCACUCGGUCAACGCCUGACACACAGACCACAGGCACGCCUGGUCAUACCACUCCUCAAUCUCGCUUCGCACAGUCGCCCAUCAGUCAUCAGCCGACAAGUCUGGAGGCGGCCCUACGACAUGCUUGUCAAUCUAGUCAUCCUCAUAAUCAUGAUAACUCAGGUCUCUGCUUGGCACCUGGGGCAAACAAGUGGAGACAGACUAGUCUUGGCCGAUCAGGACAAGUGGCAGCAGGGACAGCGGCGGCGGCGUCGCCUGCAACCUACCGCAGGACAAGGCCUGCUGCUAUUCAGUGCAAGUGGGCCGGCUGCUCGCAUGUCGCUUCGGACAUCUCUCAGCUCGCCGCACAUGUUCACUCUGUCCACCUGUUGCCUCAAGAAGCCGAGCCCGAUGCUUCUUUCGAGCCAUGGCAAGCUAGCGCCUCUCAGCAGCAUGUCAACGGGCAUCAUACUGCCUUUGCACAGCCUUCCAAACCUUGUCAAUGGGACUCGUGUGAUCACAUCGACCUUCCUUAUGGAGGAGCAGCUACAGCCGAUGCCAUUCUGCAGCACCUUUUACAAGCCCACCUUAGCGAUCAUGCACGUCCAGUCUGGCCUAUGCAAAAGCAAUUAUCUUCCUCGUCCUCCUCGUCCUCGCCUGCGCUGCAGCAAGAUGUCCAUACUUCCUCCAUUGCCUCGAUGCCGAUGCAGCCACAGCAGAGUAGAAAGAGACGCCUUUCCAGCAUCCAGAAUUUCGGUUCGACCGAGACUGGGAAGGGAGAAGCGCCGCUGCCGCCUCCGAAGGUGCCGACUCCCGAGUCUGUGUGGGCCGGCUCCGUUGAUGGAGGGCACAGCGCUUUCUCUCCCACUGCCACGUCCUCUUGGACCGAGGAACACCAGUGUGGCUGGCUGGGCUGUUCGGAGCACUUUGACUCUCACCAGGCUCUGACUGAUCAUAUUGCUCAAGAUCAUGUUGGUGGUGGCAAGUCAAGCUAUACUUGUUUGUGGAAGGGAUGUCAAAGAGGGGAGCAAGGGAAGACAUUCCAACAGCGGCAGAAGAUCUUGAGGCAUUUGCAAACACACACUGGCGAUCGACCAUACAAGUGCACCGUCUGCUCCCGUCGCUUCUCCGAAGCCAAUACCCUCUCUCAGCACAUGCGCACCCACACGCACGAGAAGCCAUACCUGUGCGACUACCCCGGCUGCAACGCCCGUUUCGCCGUUGCGGGAUCCUUGACCAUCCACAAGAGGUCGCGACAUACGAACGAGAGGCCCUUUGUGUGUACUUGGCCGGGUUGCAAUCGAGCUUUUGCCGAGAGCUCGAAUCUGACGAAACACCGCCGUGUGCACUCGGGCGAACGGCCCUUUGCGUGCGACAAGUGCGACCGGCGCUUCUCUAGGCCUGAUCAGCUCUCCCGGCACGCCAAGAUCCACGAAGCCAAGAAGGCUCAGUCUUGAAGAUUCACUGGGGCAAGGCAUUUUCGGAACAUUGCUCGAUUGGCAGAGAGGCUAUUUCUUCUUGGACUGACACAGGAUGGGAUGAGGUUCCCCUGCCAGCUGGAAUGUGACGUACAUU